AUGGCGUUCGCCGUUCCAGACAGUAUUUCAAAGAAAACUACUUUUGAAGAUGCCUUGGACCUCACAGGUUUCGGCAAAUACAAUGUGGGUAUGCUGAUAACAUGCUGCCUGCUGAUCCUGGCUAUGUACCUGGAUAUCUUCGGUUUCUCCGUCGUACUACCAGCUAUGGCUUGUGACAUGUCGCUCAACACCUCACAACAGGGCUUACUGUCUGCUAUACCUCUGAUAGGUGUAAUCCUAUCGUCCUACGGUUGGGGUUUAUGCGCCGAUACAACAGGACGACGAAAAACUAUGCUCAUAGCAAUGCCAAUCGGUUUCAUCCUCAGCCUUGCAGCUACCAUGGCGCCAAGUUUCGCGAUAAUGGCUGUCCUUAAGUUUCUGUCUGUGUCAUUCUCAGCAGCAGCAAACGCAGCAGCAUUCGUCCUGUUAGCUGAGAGUGUACCGAGCAGACAUCGAAGCCGGUUCAUGUUCCUCAUGGCCAGCGCUACUAUGGUGGUGCAACUUAUUAUUUGCUCCUUCGCCUUACCCAUUUUCACUCUGGACUUCGCAUACGAGAUCUCCUGGCUAGGCGUGGUGUACAGACCAUGGCGCAUGUUGAUGCAAGUCAUCUGCCUUCCAUGUGGUCUAGGCGUCUUAUUCAUGAUAUUCCUACAAGAAAGUCCCAAGUUCCUCCUCAGCAAGGACAGGCAUGAUGAAGCGUUAGAGGCCUUCAAGGCUAUUUAUAGAUGCAACACUGGACAAAAGAAGGAUAGCUAUUCUAUCAUGCACGUGUACCUAGAAGAAGCGUUAGCAGUCAAUUCUGCUGAAACCUCAGUGCUAAGGAAGGUGUGGAACCAAACCGCUCCUCUAUUCAAGCGCCCUCUGUUGAAGAACUCAGCCAUCUUGUACUAUCUGCUGCUUACUGCUUACAUGACAUCAACUGGUUUCACCAUGUGGGUGCCGACUAUGACCAACGCUUAUUUCACUGGCGAUGAAAGCCACCACGGUCGCACCUUCUGUGAAGUCGCUAGUCAAAGCACGAAGACAGGAUCCAGUAAUAGCACUGAAUCUGGAAAUUGCACAGGCAGCAUCGAACCCAGAGCAUUAUACGCCACAAUGAUAUACUCAGGCGCUUCAACAGUACUGAUGAUCUGCCUUUCCUUCAUCGUGGGCGUCAUGGGAAAGAAGAAGAUCACCCUCACUGUCUUCAUCAUAUCGUCGACUGCUGGAACAUUGCUGCUCUUCAUCAAAGUUCCAAUGCUAAGCAUCGCUUUGUUCUUCGUUUUCCUAUACGUUGCUCAAAUUCUCGGCAAUGUGAACACUUAUCUGGUCGAGCUGAACCCUACACAUUUGAGGGGUAUGGCAACGUGUUUGUCUGUGGUAGUGGCCCGUGGUUCUGGAUUCUUUAGCGUACAGAUCAUCGCCAGCCUCCUCGGUGACUACUGCAUGCCUAUGCUUAGUGGAUACGUCGCCUUAGUUAUGUCUGGAUUCGUAGUAGCAACAUUCCUACCAUCCGACUCCGAACCAGAAGAACAAAAGAAUGAAAUAGAAAGAAAUGAAUCUGAAGACGUUGAGAAUCCUAAAGUUUAA